GGACGGAGGUGAGCUAGGUGUGGCUGUAGGAUUUAUGUGUUGUGGGUAGAGUUACCUGUGGCUGCCUGGAUUUGUGUAUUGCCAUGGAACCUGAGCUGGCAGCCAAAGCUGCUGGCACAGCCCAGCGCUAUCGGGCCCAGCACCCUCCAACCCUGCACAUGGUCAAGGAGGCGCUGCGAGCCCACGACGAGAAGAAGGGUGCCUCUGUCGUCGCUAUCAAGCGUUUCAUCCUGGCCAAGUACCCCACCGUGGACCCCAUCCGCCUCAAGUACCUGCUGAAGCAGGCGCUGAGCAAGGGGCUGAGCUGCGGGGACCUGGUGCGGCCCCACAACUCCUCUGCUGUGGGGGCCACUGGCACCUUCAAGUUAGCACGCAAGAAACCACAGCACAAGCAGCAGCUGGGCCAGGCAGAUCCUGACAGAGGACAGGCCUCAAAGCCAGGACAGAAAGGGACCACCAAGGCCCCUCGGGCCCCCGUGGCAGGAGCAGGACAGCGAGGUGCUGCCAAGCAGCAGCCGAAGGCCACCAAGCAGCAGCCGAAGGCAAAGCCUGUGGACGCUGACCCACGAGCAGCAGAGAAGCCCAGGAGCAAGAAAGCAAAGCAACCCCAAACUGCUGACCGGCCCCGGGCUCGUGGCACAGGGCCUUUAGGGCCCCCGAAAGCGUCCAGCCACCACCAGGCCCCCCGAAAAGGACGCGCAGGACCCAGCACAGCUCAGGCUGUUGAGCGUGCAGGAGACAGCGACAGUGACAGUUCUGGAAGUGUUGAGCUGAAGGGGCCCCAAAAGGCCCCCAAGGGAAAGAGCAAGGGGAAGGCGCCCAAGAGGACACACCAGGGUGCCUCCAAGGUGCAGGGAGGUCAAGUUCAGGCAAAAAAGCCCCGGGUGACUCCAGGAGCUGGGCAGGGGAAGGCCAGGCUGAAGAAGGCAGCUCCCAAGGCAGCAGAUGGAAAGGCUCCAUAGGGAGCUUAGCCCUGCUCCAGCUGGCCACAGGCCCUUGGGGUCUGGGCUGGUUUCAGUCCCUAGGACAGGUUUUAACUCUGUGUUCACCUCAUCCUAAUAAAGUUUCUUUAUUUGCCUCACGGAA